AGUGCCAGCACACUAGCUUGCCCAACUUGGAGUACCGUGAAAAUGGUGGUGUCCUCGCUUUCCAAGAAGAUCGUGAAGAAGCGCCUCAAGAAGGUUAAGAGGCCUCGCAUCCUCCGAAAUUUCACACCUAAGGCUUGGAGGAAAGCAAGAAUGGGGUAUCAUAGCAGCCGGAAAUCAGUCCAAAGGAGCCGCAGUGGUCCCCAAACAGAACCACAAAUGCUGGCGCAGAUAGAGACCAAGAAAGCACAAAUACAAGAUAUUGAAAGUGAAAUUCUCAUUUUACAAAGAGAACGUCAGGAGUUGGUUGAAAAAAUUGAGUUACAGAACAAAUUCUUUUCGGAGAUUUUAAAGGAGAAAGAGAAGCUGGAAGAGAAAUUUAAAGUUCUACAAGCGGUUGUAGGGUUGAGGCUGCAAGCCCAGGAGCAAGAAGCAGAGAAAGAAGAAUGGAAGAAGAAAUAUACAGAUAUGGUAGAAUUUGCUCGUGAAUUUGUAAGCUGCUUUGAAAAGGCAAAUGAAGCUGUCUCCGCUGAUUCUAGUUUUUGUCUACCUACUGGGAUAAGAGAAUUCAUGGAAUUCUGUGGAAGGUUUGUCACAGAACUUAGAGUGUGUUUGGAAAGUUAAAAAAGAAGGGAAUUUAAUUUGAUUUAACUUGUGUUUCGAAUGUUUGGAAUGUUAAAAACCCUGAAAAUUUCACAUUUGAAGUCCAUGAUUUCUGUUGCUAAUGGAGAAACUUAUGGAUCCAUGUUGUGUUCACUUAUAUUAUGGAUGAAUGCUUGGUAAUAUAUAAAGUUUGAAUGGAAGAGACAUACUUGCUUCAUGG